AGGAGCUUUGCUUUUGUGCUCUCACAGGUCCAUGCAUACAUCAUUAGCUCCUUGAAAAAAGAAAUGCCCACAGUCUUUGGGAAGGAUAACAAAAAGAAGGAGCUGAUUAACAGCUUGGGUGAGAUCUACAGCCGCAUUGAGAAGGAGCACCAGAUUUCCCCGGGAGACUUCCCUAAUCUUAAGAAAAUGCAGGAACAACUUCAAGCACACGAUCUGAACAAGUUCCAGCCUCUGAAAAUGAAGCUGUUGGACGCCGUGGAUGACAUGCUGGCCCACGACAUCGCCCAUCUUAUGGUUCUGGUGCGUCAGGAGGAGACGCAGCGCCCCAACCAGGUGGUGAAGGGUGGCGCCUUCGAGGGCACCAUGAAUGGGCCGUUCGGACACGGAUAUGGCGAGGGAGCCGGCGAGGGCAUUGAUGAAGUCGAAUGGGUGGUGGCACGUGACAAACCUAUGUAUGAUGAAAUCUUCUACACUCUCUCUCCCGUCAAUGGCAAAGUGACUGGAGCCAAUGCCAAGAAGGAGAUGGUGAAGUCCAAGCUACCAAACACUGUGCUGGGUAAGAUCUGGAAGCUGGCUGACAUUGAUAAAGAUGGGAUGCUCGAUGAUGAGGAGUUUGCCUUGGCCAAUCACCUGAUCAAGGUCAACUAG